AUGGACAGUCUCUCGGGGACAGUCGUCAGAGCCGAGGACGGCGUUUCGCAAUCGUCGUCGCCAAAUGGGGAAGACAGUGAAGAUGGUUCCGAUAGCCAACAGCCCUUAUCUCAAUCCCGUCACCGAGCCCCUAUGAUGAUCGACUGGCGACGGAAGAUCUGCAGCUUCCUCAGCCUGCCCAGUACUUGCACUGACGACGAGAUAAUCGAGGAGCUUGAGAUCAAAGAUAAACUAUUGAGAGAAUCUGAGUCUCUCAAGCGAUUGGCCUUUUCUACUCAAGGGCCGCCUAGAGUUCAAAUCAUCAAUCGAAUCACUUGUCAAGACUCUGGUGAGCAUGGUCUCUACCUAGAUGAACCUUGGCUUGUCGAAAAUGGUCCUUAUCGAGCUCAUCUGCGUUGCAGCCGAUUGGUCGAUAAUCUGGAAUUGUAUCUUGAGCGGAACAAGGACAUUGUUUGUAUUGCUUACCGUGAUUGUGAAUGCUGUGGCAGGGCGCCCCCAGUCCCAGAUCCUAGUCAAUUUGAACUCCUUGUCAGGGAGAAUAUUGAUAUUGUCUCGCACGAAUUGAGAGUUGCUUGGGGCCAGCUCGUUGUAGCUGUCACCGAGGACGCGUCCACCAACCUUUCUCGAGACACAUUCGACUUGGAGGACGCAAAUGGCCGUGUACAGGAAACACGGCAUCCAUAUCUCUGGUGGUUUCAGCAUCGCAGCAAAAUCGAAAGGGCAAAGUCCCACCUCGGCCAGGAGUCCAAGAACCAGGUGGAAGCGUUUCAGCAGUAUCUGAAGCUUUAUCUUGGUGACGAAUGGGCCAAAGUUGAUUCCCUAAUCCGGCUUCGCAAGUCUUACAUGGCACAGGCCCCUGGGCAAAUCAUCAUCUCAAAGCUUAAGGGUCAGUCUGUGGCUCAGUGGCAAGCAUAUACUGCAACCAGUUGGCUUGCUAUAAUUGGCAGUCCACCAGCCAAAGGGAAUUUCCAGGCAUUAAUCCAAGUAAGCUACUGGGAUUUUGAUGGCAACUUCCAGCGACUCUAUUCGACUCUUGAUGUCUCAGCUCUACCCUCAUUGACCGAGGAGUUCCCUAUCAACACCUUGAUGGUCUUCCCAAUGAAGUACGUCGAUAACGGCACUGUUCGCAAUCUAAGACAACGUGGCCAAAUGUUUUGGGAAUGCCGCCAUCGAAAAUACGUUUGCGUUCGUGGUACUCCUGAAGACCAUCUCUAUGGUGCAAAUUCUGGUUCUCAAUUCAUGAUCGACAGAGCAACUUUCAGACAGAUGCACCCUCCGUCAACCGGUCAACAAGCACCUGUUCGCUAUCGGGACGACCUCGGGCCUGAGAUAAUGGCCCAGGACGAACCGUUGCCCGACUUGGGAGAUGGAUUUUACAUGUGCCUCCCAACAUCUCUAUAUGGCUUCAACAUGCAAAAGAAAGACUGGGUUAAGUUGGAAGUUGAUCUACUUCAAGAGCCCUUUGGCCAAUGGUUAGUUAAGGGGAUGUCGAACAACCAGCAAAUGCUGGGGCAGGUGAUCACCAGGUCCGGCGCAAAAACCCCGGCAGGCUCACCAAUCACGAUCAAACGUCAUCUUUUAUCCGCAGGCCGCCGUAUCGGUACUAGACAGGACACUGGGGGAAUUCUUAAGAAGGGGAAGGCCACCAAGACUAAGACAGACGACAAGACAGGCAUUAGCUGGGAUACGUUUAAGGAACUUGACCAUGCCAAAGUGGAUGAUAUAGACCUUGGCUGGAAGAAGAUGAUGCCUGCAGCCCGGCUCGCUGAGGUCAGAGCUGAAGGCGAGAAUAUGCAAGUUGAAGCCUAUGCGCCAGAGCCAGCAUCUGAAUAUGCACCACGAAAAGUCUCCCUGGACUCAUACUCUGCGUCAACACCCGGUCUGAGGCCAAUAGGGCUACUAGAAGUUGAGAAUGGCUUCCAUCUACAUAGACCUGACGAACCCCUCGCCUCUCACCGCAGUACAUACAAACUAGCAGAUUGCGGACUUCGGAACACCCACUACACAAUCUCACAAGAUCAUACUUCCGGGCAGGAGGCUCAUGAGGAUAGCCUCCUUGCCAGCUUUGGGAAAAGACGACGGACAGACAAGCCUUCUAUACUCCUAAAUGGCAGCAAAUUGUUACAGCGUUCGCCAUAUUUGUUGCCAAGUUUGGCAAACGGUGAUAAUGCGGUAGCUCAAAAUGAAGGGUCCGGUAUACAAAAGGAAUCUAAAGACGCCUUGGAUUUCUUGAAGAACUGGAAACCAAUCGAUUCACAAAUGCCACAAGAUGCAUUAGUCUCUCCCCCAGAAACCGUCAUAAAUAAUACCGGCCAGGGAAAGCACAGAGGCGAUGAGGUCGAGUUCAAGUGGGGUCAAGGGCGCAGCCGUCGAGCACAACCAUAUGAAUUACAGAAGUACUUGCGUCGUCAGGACCGAGACACAUCUCUAUUCGAUAAGAGUGCCCAUACACCCCCAGCUAGCUUGAACCGCCAAUGCCCUGGAUGCAAUCGAAUAGACAGCGGGGAAUGGCGAGGUGGACGCGAUGGAGCGUUCACAAUUUGUGACGCUUGCGGCUUGCAUUAUAAGAAAUUGUAG